AUGGCGUUGAGAGAGCUGUCUUCGCUGGAAAAAUCUCUAGGAUUAAAAAAGUCAAAUAAAUACAGCACGCAAGGGGACGGAAAGGUCCCUGUCCUUCAGAACAGCAAAGGGCCGGCGCUGGUCGGCCUGGUUACCAUCGCGGGCCACCUGGUGCGGGAGGCUAAGAGUCCGGAGCUGCUGGGGAGGACGGCGGAACAGAGAGCCGUCGUCCAGCAGUGGCUGGAGUACAGAGUCACCAGAGUGGACAAGUGCCCUAAAGAAGAGGUCAAAGUCGUUCUCAAGGAGCUGAAUGAGUAUCUGCAGGAUAAAGUGUACCUGGCAGGGAAUAACUUCACUCUGGCCGACACGCUGAUGUACUACGGACUGCACGGCAUCGUGGUGAGUCUGGCCAUCCAGGAGAAAGAGCAGUAUUUGAAUGUGACGCGGUGGUUUGAUCACAUCCAGCAUUACCCGGGUGUGCGUCACCAUCUGCCCCCGGUCGUCGUCCUGAGAAACAGAGUCUACCCCGGCAUACACCACUGAUCCCCUUUGCCCGCCCCAACACCACCGGACGCGCCGACGCCCUGUUGGCAUGGAAACCAGAACUGGGGUUCUAACACUCACCCUCUCCUAACACCAACCCUUACCGCCAAAUCCUUAAUACCCCCCCACCCUACAGGCUUGGUAAUGGUUUUUACCAACGACCUGGAAGCAGUUUUCACUCUGGGGGUGUUUAAACCUCUGGUUAUAUGGUUAGGUUCUUUGUCUGAUUUUGUUGUGUUUUGUCUUGUCUUGUUUUGUCUUGUUUUGUUUUGUUUUGUUUUGAGUUGUAUGUGUGAGAUACGGGCGGCAGGUCUUCUGUCGUUUGUUGGUGUGUGUGUAUUGAGUGCUGUGAGGAUGAGGAGGGACGUUUAAAAGCCGCUAACGUGCUAACGUGCUUGCUGCUAUCUCUGAAGGAAACAGGGCCUGUGUUAACUGUGUGUCUAUAGCCUUUUAACUGAUGUAAGAGAUCUGGUCAGAGCUUACGGAUGAGCUCUGAGUAACGUGACAAACGGUAGCGUGUAGGAAGAAACGACUGUUCUCUGAUGACUCUAACCGUACUGAUGUUUACUAGGAAGACUAAUUAAACCCCUUUAUCA